AGAAGACUGGGGCUUGGUCUUGGAAGUUUUCAGAUGCAUCUGUAGAUGAAUCAUAACAGCACCAAGAUGUCGGGACGAUCAGGCCGAGCUGAGACCCGAAGUCGGGCUAAAGACGACAUUAAAAAGGUCCUGGCAGCCAUCGAGAAAGUGCGCAAAUGGGAGAAGAAAUGGGUGACUGUUGGAGACACGUCUUUACGCAUAUUCAAGUGGGUUCCAGUCACGGAGACAAAGCAGAUAUUUCGCACCAAAUCCACUAGUGGAGAGGUCAGGGGCCUGAAAGACGUGGUCAUUGAAAACACUAACUCUAUGCUGGACUUCACCGAUGAAAACAGCAACCAGAGCUUUCUGUCAGACGUUUAUCAGCCAAAACUUGACAACAACAGCAGCAGCACCUCCAGCUCUCAGCAGGUCAGCCCGCCGCACACCUACAGCCUUCGCGCUGAAGACUCUCAGCCACCUAUGCUCGGACAAGAGAGUGUACACGAACCAGUGCAUUCUGGUCGCGACGGUGCAGACGAGCCACCAACGCUCAUCAAAGAGGAUCUGCUUUCAUCAGGGACCGCAAGGCGCAGAACCUCAGAUACUCAGGACGAAUUAGAUGAAUCGGGAGCACCGCCUUUAAAGAGGAUUUGCACAGGGGAAAAUGCUGCCCCCAGAUAGCUUUUUUUGUAUCAAUCCACAUGCAAUGAUUACCUGUUCUUGGUUGUUGUAAGAUUAGCAAAGCUUUCAGCAUAUUUCUGGUUCUCUUUAAAACGCAGGUCUUAUGUUUCAGCUGAGCUAAAUUUAGUGUUUCGUUUUUGUUUUUUUUUCCAACAGAAUGAAGGCAGUUUUCUAAAUUUUGUAUGUCCUAAGGCAUUUCUCUUCACAUGUUGUAAACAUUGGAUUUUCUAAGUUCUACUUUAGUUAGACUCUAGCAUGUGCCUAUAGCUAUUUUUAUGAACAUACUGGCUAUCCUAAAAAAACAAACAAAACAACUUUCAUGUGUAGCUUUAUGCAGAGUGAUGUGGUACCCUUUAGUUUUUAAGUUGAUGUUUCUUGUGAUAAUCUUAUGGCUUAUGAAUAAAAGUGCUUUUUAAAGAAA